AUAUAUAAACAGUGAUAGGACUGAGCACCGCGCACACUGACUGUAGCUGGGGGUCUGUCCGCCAUGUCUACACUGUGGUCUUAUCUACUGAUCACCGUCUGUCUCCUCUAUGGACUGGGGGCCGACCAAACCUCCGAGACUACCCGAGGGCGUCCAUUUCGGAGGAGAAAAGGUCCUUAUCAGAGACGCUAUGGGGAAGGGGAAGACGAACCACCCGAGAAGAAAGCUCAGUGUAAAAAGCCGACCAGUGAAGACCUGGAGAGGUUCUCUGAAGACAAGGAGUUUUAUGAUUCUUAUGAAGGUAUAAAAGUACACUGUAAAUCCGGAUAUUACCCGUCAUCGGACACAAUGACGUGUUUCAGCCCCGGAGCCUCCCAGGAGUGGAUGCCAUCCACUGUUACCUGUCUGCCUCUAUGUAGCAGGCCAACCAUAGAAAACAUGGACCGUAUCUUUGAAGAUAAGGAGUAUUAUGAAAAAUACGACUCGGCAGAAGUUUGGUGUAAGCCGGGAUAUGAUCCGGAAUAUUUCACAAUGACGUGUUUGAAACCACAAACCAGCAAUGAGUGGACCAACAUCGGGACCUGUAAAGCACAAUGUAAACAACCAACCAUCAAAAACGUGGGCAGACUUCUUCCAGACCAGGAAUAUUAUAAUCAGAAAGAAGUGCUGAGUAUACUCUGCAAACCAGGAUAUUCUCCGACAUCCGACACAAUGAGAUGUGACAACCCCAACACCCCCCAAGAGUGGAAUCCUCCCAUCGUUUCCUGCAAAGCACAAUGUAAAAGGCCAGUUAUAGAAAACAUGCUCAAUCCUUACCCGUACAAGAUGGCCUACGAUGAAGAAGAGGAGGUUAGAGUGGACUGUAAAUCUAGACAUUAUCCAUCCUAUGACACAACAAGGUGUGUCCACCCCCUGACCCCCCAGGAAUGGAUACCUGCUGUUACCUGUAUAGGUAUGACAGUGAUGGAGAAGGUCACCUCUACCAGUGUCAGCGCCUGGAUGUCCUGCACUCCUUCUGAAUGUCCCCAUCACUGGAGGUUGGAGGUAGAGUUGUGCGACGUUCACUAUGGAUUAUGUAAAACCUUGGAUACCAAAGGCAAUGCGACAUUCACCGAUCUACAGCCGUCCUAUGAUUAUACAAUCGGCUUCACUCUGCACAAUAAUCGGACACAAUCCAAGAUGGUGCCAAGACUCAUCAGGACGGGGGAACCAGUGUCCGGCCAGUUAAACAUCGUGAAAUUUCCCACCAUGGAAGAUAGCACCAUGAGAUGGACCGGUCCUUACAAGUGGGAGAACAUCACCGGCUUUAAUCUGACUAUCUCAGCCAGGAGGGACUACGAUCGGUCCUUUGCUAUGGAUGACUCCAUCUGGUUUCCCCCCAGUGUAACAGAAUAUAAAAUCCCCUUCCAGUAUGGGGCCACCUACACCAUCACCCUCCGGGCAUUCACAUCCGCCGGAGCCGAAAGGAUGCGAGAAUGGAUUACCGAAACCAAUAUUGGAGACCCUCCUCAUCAUCCAAAGGAUACGCUCAGAGGAAACACGCUACAGCUGAACCCGGUCCCUGCAGCCAAUGGACCAAUCAGCUCUUAUGAAGUGAUUGUCUAUCCGGCCCAGGAUCGGAAUCUAAGUAUGGACUGUCUGGGAUUCAUCAACACCCCGUACAACUCCAGCGUGACUCUAAGAGGCUAUACUGCGGCUGUCCUUCCUGCAGAGACCCUCACCGAACCCAGAACCUUCACCCUGGGGGAUGACCACCAUUAUAAUGGGUUCCACAAUGCUCCUCUUAUCCCCAACCACAAAUACACCGUCUACAUUCGGGUCACCAGCCGCUGGGGGAAGGUGAAGAAGUCGUCCUGUGCGCUUGCCGGAGUCACUCAAGGACUGAUCGGCACAUGAAGCGUCCGGCUGCACUGCAUCCCGAGAAGGAUGAUAUUCCUACAAUGAAGAACUCCUCCUUCCAUCCAUGGAUUGGAGGAAACACACAUACCUGAGCUUUGUUAGAUUUUUUUUUGGUCCAUCCAUUCCUGAGAUUUACACAGCUCUGUCACACAGCACACCCCUUUCUGACACCCCUUCCGAAGCCUGUGAUUGGACAGUGAAAGGAGAAGCAGCAGACUGAGGCUUUUUUCAGGGGUUUGCUGGUCUGAGCCACAUAGAGACAUAAAUAAAUGGAAUGACGUAUUCAUGAAGACA